CCUAUCUCCCAGUUUCACUUCUGAAUGUGCAGGAACAUGCGGUGGCUUCUUUUUCCCACCAUCUUCAUCAUCCCUUGUACGCAGCAGUUUUUCCACAGCUCACCAGUGAAGCCUGGAGAAAAACCUUCAGAAACUGGUGAAGCCCACCAGCGCAAGGAGGUUUGUCACUGGCCAUGCAGAUGCCCGCCUGUGCCAACCUGCACCCCUGGGGUAAGCUUGGUGAAGGACGGUUGUGGGUGCUGUAAGAUCUGUGCCAAGCAGUCAGGAGAGAACUGCAAUGAAGCAGAUGUCUGUGAUCCCCACAAAGGCCUCUACUGCGACUACUCGGAAGACGAGCCUAGGUAUGAAACAGGCGUGUGUGCAUAUCUGAUAGCUGUGGGAUGUGAGCUCAAUGGAGUUUAUUAUCUUAAUGGGCAGACCUUCCAACCUAACCCACUUUAUAAGUGCCUGUGCAUCAGUGGUGCAAUUGGGUGUACACCUGUAUUCAUACCAAGACUAGCAGCAAGUGCCUGCAGCAGGGUCACGGGCAGAAAGAAGCCUGGACAACCCAUCUGUGGCCCAGGACAGCACAAGCAGCUUCAAGCAACAAACUACAGACUGAUGUCAGCUUACAGAAGCUUACCGCUAGUUUUGAAGAGAAAGUGCCUGGUGCAGGCAACCCCCUGGACGCCGUGUUCCAGGACCUGUGGCAUAGGCAUCUCCAGUAGAGUGACCAACGAAAACAGCAAGUGUGAAAUGAAGAAAGAGAAGAGGUUAUGCUUCAUCCAGCCUUGUCUGAGCAACACAUUGAAGACAAUAAAGAUUCCAAAAGGAAAAACAUGUCAACCGACAUUCCAGCUUCCUACAGCAGAGAAAUUAGUUUUUUCUGGAUGCUCAACUACCCAAAGCUACAAACUAACUUUCUGUGGGGUGUGCUUGGAUAAGAGGUGUUGCAUACCUAAUAAGUCCAAAAUGAUCACUGUACAGUUUGAGUGUCCCAACGAAGGCUUCUUUAGGUGGAAGAUGAUGUGGAUAACAUCGUGUGUAUGUCAGAGGAUUUGCAGUGCUCCAGGAGAUAUAUUUUCUGAACUCAAACUUGUAUGACAAGUUACACCAUUGACUGUAACCCACUGGGAAUGCAACAGCACAUUCACACCCUGAAGAGGUAGCAUAAUCCCCUGCCACAGCAAUGUUUAUAGUGAAACUACACAUGGGAACACUCCUCUGUUAAAUAGCACCUGGAGCACCUAAAAGCAAGUCAGAGUGCAUCUUUUUAACCAGAAUUGGUUUUGUAUGUGGAAAAACAUUCUUGAAAAGGAUGUAUGUAACACUAGUACUGCCAAAACAAGAACUUUUGGUAAUUAAAGGUGCAGCAAGACAGCUUCAUACCCCACUGUAACAAGUUGCUGCCCACUAAGACAAAUACAUGUAAAUUCAUAGACACUCUGACCUAUU